AAUUAAUGCAAAACAAUUUUAUUAUAUAGAUUAAAUCGAGUAAUCUAUUAAAUUGGCACGAAACAUAUUGAUUUAACAAAACUAAAUUAAUGGAUCAUUUUAAAUUAAUAGCUUAUUAAUUGGGGUAAUACAGAUGUGUAUAUACAGUGUGUGUGUGUGUGUGUGUGUGUGUGUGUGUGUGUGUGUGUGUGUGUGUGUGCGCGUGCGUUUUAUAUAUUAACUCCAGCAGUUUCUUUUCUAUACGUCUGGUGUAUGUUUCCAGUAUAAUAAUAAAAUAAUAAUAAUAAUAAUAAUAAUAAUAAUAAACAAACAAAAAACAGUGACACUACACAAGACACUAAACAAACUUGUGAUCCACCACUAAAUAUGUUCCUGAGGGAUUUUUACUGUGUGUAAAAAGGAUUGCAUUCGGUACACAUGUGCACCAAACCGAAAGCCAAUGUAUCUAAAAAGUUCGGUACGAAUACGUGUAUCGUUACACCCCAAGUCGAUACAGCAUACACGGUCUAGUGACAUCAGUGCUGUGUAACUGGAAUUGAUAUUGUUAGGGAUUUCUGUGAAGUUAGAAAAAAAAGCCAACGCAAUCUGGCAACCCUCCAGGCAACAAGACUGAUCAACUGGAAACGAAAACACACCCCGCUGAACGAUACGCCCAUAUGUAUACAGUCGGUUGUACAACCGAGGUCACGUGACGUACAAUGUCUUUCAUAAAUACAAGAGCCUGAUCGGAUGGUUUGGAAAACACGCGUGCUGGUGGGGAUCUGAAAGUGCUGAAAUUAAAGGGUUCUGGUGUUCACCAUGCUGCUCUGGGUGACAUGGGUGACCGCUGCGUUCGCAGGGAUCUUCUCGGCGCACGUCGUGCAGCGCCUCUGUUUUCCAUACUUCUGGAAAGACUUCUUCUUCUUGUUGAAACUUAUCCGUUAUGGAGUUCGCCUGGAGAUCUACAAGAAGAAGAAAAUCGUGACCGUGAUGGACCGCUUCGUGGAGCAGGCGCAGCGGAUUCCUGACAAAACCUUCUUGAUCUUUGAAGGCUGUACCUACACGUACCGGGAGAUCGAGGAGCGGAGUAACCGGGUGGCGCGCGCGCUGCGGAGGCACGGAGCCGUGAUGCGGGGCGACACCGUGGCGCUGCUCAUGAGCAACGAGCCCGACUUCAUCUGCGUGUGGUUCGGGCUGAGCAAGCUGGGCUGCGCGGUGGCUUUUCUCAACACGAACAUCAAAUCCAGGUCCCUGCUACACUGUUUCAACUCAUGUGGAGCAAAACUACUAGUGGUCGGAGCGGACCUUUUGGGCACCUUGGAAGAUGUCCUGCCUAAUCUCCAGGAGGACAACAUCUCAGUGUGGGCAAUGAAGCAGGGGGUCUCCUAUCCAGGGGUCCAUUGCCUGUUGGACAAGAUAGAGCAGGCGUCAUGUGAACCAAUACCUCCUGAACUCAGAUCAACCAAAUCUAUCAAAGCUGCCACACUUUAUAUCUUCACUUCAGGAACCACAGGGUUACCCAAGGCUGCUGUGAUCACUCACUUGCAGUCUCUCAAGGCGUCGUCUGGGUUCUGGAUACACGGCGGCACUGCAAAGGAUGUGAUUUACACACCGCUGCCUCUGUAUCACAGCGCAGCCUCUCUCAUAGGCAUCGGCGGCACUAUAGAGCUGGGUGCAACUUGCGUUUUAAAAAAGAAAUUUUCUGCCUCACAAUUUUGGAACGACUGCCGAAAAUACAACGUUACCAUCUUCCAGUACAUCGGGGAGCUCUGCCGUUACCUGUGCAAUCAACCCAAGACAGAGCAAGACAAGAAUCAUAAAGUGCAAAUGGGUGUUGGAAACGGCCUUCGCCCGGAUGUAUGGCGAGAAUUCCACAGUCGUUUCGGGGAGAUCCGCAUGUGCGAGCUGUACGGCUCCACCGAGGGGAACCUCUGCUUCAUGAACCACAUCGGCAAGAUCGGGGCCGUGGGUCGCUCCAACUUCUUCUACAAGCUCCUGUUUAAAUAUGACCUGGUAAAAUAUGACAUGGCAAAAGAUGAACCUGUGAAAGAUCAGCAGGGUUUCUGUCAGCGGAUUGAUAAAGGUGAGAUGGGUUUGCUGUUGUGCAAAAUCGGUUCCCAAAGUCCAUUCUUUGGCUAUGCUGGGAGCAAACAGCUAACAGAGAAGAAGCUUAUGAGGGAUGUGUUUAAAAAAGGAGACAUCUAUUUCAACACGGGCGACCUGAUGGCUGAGGACCAGGACAAUUUCAUUAGCUUUAAGGACCGGGUGGGCGACACUUUCAGAUGGAAGGGUGAAAAUGUGGCCACCACUGAGGUGGCGGAGAUUCUUGGACUGCUGGACUUUAUUCAGGAAGUCAAUGUGUAUGGAGUAGAAAUUCCAGGCCAUGAGGGUCGAGCCGGUAUGGCUGCACUGGUUAUCAAGCCUGAAUGUGCAUUUGAUGGAAAGAAGCUGUUUGAGAACGUUAUGGCUUACCUACCAGGCUACGCUCGGCCUCUCUUCAUCCGAAUACAGGAGUCCAUGGAGAUGACUGGCACAUUGAAGCAGCUGAAGUUCUGUCUGGUGAAGAGCGGCUUUAACCCGUCCACCAACUCGGACCCGCUUUACUUCUUAGACUAUACAGAGAAUUGCUACAUUCCCCUCACAGACUCCAUCUACGACAGCAUAACCUCAGGCCAGCGGAAGCUCUAAACAGUAAUUGGCUGUACUGACAAACCAAAUCCAGUUGCAGUUACAGUAUAUUCGAUUGGGCCUCAGGGCGAUCCUGAGCGGCUCUAUCUUGAAUAAUGGAUUACGUCCACCUUUGUGAACAUUUCGCAGAGACAGUAUCAGGUAAUAAUGAAUGAAAGCAUUUUUAAUGACUCGAGUGCAAGCAGACUGCGAUGGAGCUGAGCGAGGAUUCUCACCAUUGCCCACCUUGUAUCGAGUUCUGGUGCCUCCUCGCUCUGUCUGACACGGUUUCAAAGACCAGGUGACUUUUAGCCUUAAUAAUGCCUCUGCGUCAUGCUUCACUAUCACCUUCUUAACCCUCUGCUCUUUCUGCUCUCAGUAGAGAAGGAGACAGGAAACGAACAUAAUUGCCACCAUGAAAUUAGAUUUUACUUCAGAUGUAAAAUAUUUCUCUAUUUAAAGCUGCAGUCUGGAAUUACAUACAUCUCAAAAGAUUGACAUGGAAAACAUUUUUCCAUUGGAAGCACUGCUCUUCAGAUGCCAUGAUCAUGAGCCAAGAUAAUUUUGUGUUGAUUUCUUUCUUUUGCAAUGAUUUUAGUAGGCCAACAUAUUUUAAUUAGUGCUUAUUUUGGUUGUAGUACAAAUGUUCAGUUUACAUAUUUUCCAUACUACAGUGUAGAAGUGCCUUUAAUAUUUUUGUAAAAAACAAAAACAAAAAAAAAGGAAGGGUUUAACCAGUCUCAGGCUUGCAGCUGCAAAUGCAUGACCAGUGAGGAAAUUACAUGUGAUAAUUCAUAUCUCCUGCACACUGAAAUGAAACGCUACACUUACUCAGCUUAGAGAGCUGCUUGGAAGCUAAAACAGGAACAGGAAGUGAUUUGGCAUCCACAGAGUCUGCUAAUGAAUAAACAGACACAGCCGCUUACGGUUGAAUAUCACAUCUUGUAAAUUCCUUCUCUGGUCUAAAGUGAUUGAAACAGUUAUUCACCCCCUCAAACUUUUUCAUUCCAUCUUGCUGCAAUUCAAUUGAACUUGACUGAAGUUUCUCCUCUUUAAAUUAAACCAGGUCUUCUAUAAUGCUCUGAAAGGAUAUUUACAGUUUAAUAUUCAAUUAUAUUUCAAAAAUAUUUGAUAUUCUCCAUAGACCAUUCAGCCAUUCAGUCAAGAUCAUACAAUUUCAGUGUUAUAGAUAUAAAUAAAUCCAGCCUUUAAGUGUUUUAUUUAUUUGGGGUGAAUACUCAUGUAAAGCUCUGUACAAUGCACGUAAAUGUUCCUUAUUUUGGAUUCAAAUUUGAGUAAAUUCAGCAAAUGUACAAAAAAUUGUGUACGAGAACAUAAGACUUCAGUGACAGAAUGGUGUUACCACACCUGACACAUGUGCUAUUAUCUGGAGCAGUAUGUGAAAGGAAACACGAUCAGAAGCGGUGUGUAAGACAGGAUCCUUCUCAAGACAAAUCAUAACCUGUCAGUACAGGAUCUAUGCGAGGAGUAAGCGUAAAUAUCUACAUAUUAUGCAAGACGUCUCACUGACACUGAAUAUCAAUCUAACAUAGAAUGCACUUUAUUAUGGAGGUCAUUUGUGUGUCUACAUAUGUCCUCACCAUACAAGUAAUACAUGUGCCUUAUCAAUCUGACAGAAUCUUUAUUAAGAGUUGAGAGUGUCUACACCAAGACUUGUUUCUAAUCACCAUUUUGAGAACAAUCUGCAAAUAAUAGACUUGUGUGCGUUGUGCUGAAAUAAUACGUUCAUGGUUCAUUUAAAUAACCAUCUAAUUUAGCUUGUCUUUUGUUUGGUUUUUUAAGAAAUAAUCAAUAUAAAGCUCAAUUCUUAUUCUUACAAUCAAGUGAAAAUGUUUACCUCCCUUAAUGGCAAAAUGAUGAAAUAAAAAAAAGUUAUGAUUGUAGUAAUGUCUUUCGUUUUUUUCCUGAUGUUUGUUCCUUAUUACACAACUAAACUUUCUUUCGGCUUCCCCCGUUAGGGGUCGCCACAGCGGACCAUCCGCAUGUUUGAUUUGGCACAUGUUUUUAUGCUGGAUGCCCUUCCUAACGCAACCCUCCCC